CACCAUAAUAGGGUGAAAAAUAACUGUCACUUGGUCACCGUCACCAAGACACCAACAAAGCAAUAAGCAGGGUUUCCAUUGUGUUGUUCACCUAACGGAGUUUUUAGGGUGGAUCUUCUUCCCGGAUUUGCCAUUAACGUCAGCUUCUCACUUUAUCUCUUCUCCAAAAUGAGUGAGGUUUUCGAUGGCUACGAGCGUCAGUACUGUGAGUUAUCGGCCAAUCUUUCCAAUAAAUGUUCCUCCACUGCUCUUCUCCCAGAUCAAGAGCAGAAGCAGCAGAAGCUGUCUGAAAUAAAGACAGGCCUGGAUGAGGCUGAUAUACUGAUACGGAAAAUGGAUCUUGAAGCUAGAAGCUUGCAACCUAACUUGAAAGCCAUGCUUCUUGCAAAGCUGAGGGAGUAUAAGUCUGACUUGAAUAAUUUGAAAAGAGAAAUGAAGAGAAUCAGUUCACCAAAUCAUGAUCAGUCUGCCCGUGAAGAAUUACUUGAAGCUGGAAUGACAGAUGCAUACAAGACUUCAACAGAUCAGAGAGAAAGAUUGGCAUUUUCAACCGAAAGAUUAAAUCAAUCAAGUGAUAGAAUUAGGGAGAGUAGGAGAACUAUAUUGGAGGCAGAAGGUACGGGCCUUACAAUUCUUCAAGAGUUGAAUCAGCAGCGUGAAACCCUCCUGCAUUCACACACAAAGCUUCAUGAGGUAGACAAUGCCAUUGACAAAAGUAAGAAGAUAUUGACUGCUAUGUCGCGAAGAAUAAGCAAAAACAAAUGGAUUUUUGGUGGAGUAAUUGGUGUUCUCCUCCUUGCUAUCAUCUUUAUAAUAUAUUUUAAGUUUACUCGUCACUGACCCUUACUUUGGCACUAUAGUUGAUGACUCUUGUCUCUGCUUGCUUUUGAUUGUGUAAAUCAACAACCAGAAAUGAUCGGUACCCAAUUUGUAAUGCCAUUGUCUGUAUAUCUAGCACAGUUGUUGAUGACUGUAAACCAAAAACAUUAUGUUUCAUUUUGUAUAGAAUCAUUAACGUGUUGCUGCUAGUAGUGGAAGUAAAGUGAGAACUCUAGUAA